AUGGGGGGUUUGUUCUCGAAAGGGGUGCCGGAGGGGUGGACCCUGCGGCAUGGCGCCGCGUGCGACAUCGGCCGGCGCAGCACGAUGGAGGACGCGCACUUCGUGCUGGGCGGCGCGGGCGACGGCGCCACGGCGGAGUUGCGCGGCCCCUGCAGGGGAUUCUACGUGGUCUGCGAUGGCCACGGAGGCUCGGACGCCGCCCAGUUCGCGUCCAAGAACCUGCUGCGCUUCUUCCUCACGGACUCCUUCCUGUGCGGGGACGCGUGCGAGGCACUGCGUGCCAGCGUCCUGCGCCUUGAUGCCGAGUUCUGCAAGGAGGUGGCGCGUGGCAGCCUGCAGCACUCUGGCACCACGGCCCUGGCGGCAGCCGUGCUGGGCUGCCGCCUGCUGGUGGCCAACGUGGGCGACUGCAGGGCCGUUCUAGCGCGCCGCGGGCGUGCCAUCGAGCUCACGCGCGACCACAAGCCAUCGCUCAGCGACGAGCGGCGGCGGAUUGAACAAGCAGGGGGGUAUGUUGAUGGGGAGGGGUAUCUGUGUGGAGACCUGGGCGUGUCCAGAGCGCUGGGGGACUUUCACUACCCGCACCUGAAGGGCGGGGUGGGGGAGGUGGGCCCCUUGACUGCGGAGCCGGAGGUCAGCGAGUGGGAGAUUGAUGAAGAUGUGGAGUUCGUGGUGCUGGCGAGCGAUGGCGCGCUGGACAGCAUGAGCAGCCAGCUGGCGGUGGACAUUGUGAGGGUGGAGCUCAAGCGGCACAACGACCCUGACAGGGCGUCCCAGGCUGUGGUGAAGUACGCGCUGGAGAAGGGCGUCCGCGACAACAUCACAGUCGUGACAGUGUGCUUCAAGCAGGAGAUCGCCCCUCGAACUGCAAGCCCCAUUUCGAAAAUCAACCCAGCUUCAAAGAGCUUCCUGUCAUUGAGGGAAGCGAUCGAGGGUUGCUGA